CAGUGCGAUCGCGUAUUUUGACGCGCGCGGUCUCUAACUCUGGGCCAUCAGGGUCUCGCGUGUAGCCUGUCGCCCGCACGGGACUCGUCCACUGCCUAUACUUCCUUUUCUUCGUGAGACGCGGUUGUUGCGCCGAGUUAUACACGGCUGCCAAAAGUGACGCGUGGAUAUUAUACACACUGUACACAGGAGUCUCUGGGAUUCGCAGGGUACUUGCACUUUAACAAGUCGUUAACACAACAGCGCAAAGUAGAAACGUACACAGAAAGCAGUUAUGAAACUACUGUCGGAUAGUUGUGACGUAGUGUCUGUUACGGAGAAACGUCGCCGAGAAGCCAAAUGAAGACGUGAGCAGUGUCCCAAGUGUACGAAAACUCAAACGCAAGAGCAUGAUAACCAAGAGAGUGCAGUGAGCACUAAAGGGCCAACAUGAUAUCGACGAGCAUCACUCUGAUUUGUGUCGGACUGUUGACUCUCGCCGACGGUCAACGCGGAAAAUCCAACAACAGCAACAGCAGCGGCAACAAUAACUUCGACUCGGAGCCCAUGCAAAAGACUGAAACGGAUAUUCCUAUAAGUAUUAUCCCGGUCCAAGGAGUGGUGGGACAAACUGCGUACCUUCCCUGUGACACACACUCUCGAGAUAACAGCGACGUUGUUACGAUGGUGCUGUGGUUCAAGGAGUCCACUGCCGAGCCUGUAUACAGUUACGACGCGCGGAUCCAGCACCGCGGCAAGGCGAAACUUUGGAGCGCCGAGAACGUGUGGGGCAACCGGGCGACUUUUCGCGCCGGGGAUAAGGCGCAUCUAGUCAUCCAGAAUGUCCAAGAGGGCGACGCCGGUGUAUACAGAUGCCGAGUCGAUUUCCGCGACUCCCAGACAAAGAAUGUCAAAGUCAACUUUACCAUUAUAGUUCCGCCGUUAAAGCCGAUAAUCUACGACACCAAGAGGCGGGACAUGAGCAAGCACUUGGAGGCUUAUCCGGAAGGCGCCGAUCUCGGUCUCAUCUGCGAAGUACACGGAGGUCGACCGAAGCCGAGGGUCUCCUGGUACCUGGGCUCGCAGCUGAUCAACUCGACGUUCGAGCAGAAGCUCGUGAAGAGCCCGGGAACGAGCAUGGAUUCGCCGCACGAGCAGAGCUCGACGAUGAUCACCAGCAGGGUAACGAUAAGGAACCUCAAGCGGAGUCACCAUCACGCCAAGCUCUCCUGCAGGGCCAGCAACACGCAGCUGAGCGCACCUCAGACGACGACCGUCGUCAUCGAGCUCAACCUGAAACCAUUGAAAGUAGAAAUUAUAGGAAAGGAAAAAUAUGUAUCCGCCAGUAAGAAGAACAGAGUAGAAUGCCGAAGUAGCGGAUCCAAGCCGCCUGCUAUGCUGCAGUGGUACAAGGGAUCGAAACAGCUCGUUAAUUCAUCUAGGGAUUUUCAGAAAGAUGGAGAGAGCAUAAGUAUUCUAGAAUGGGUGCCGGAUACCGAAGACGAGGGCAAGUACCUAACCUGUCGAGCGGAGAACCGACAUUUGCCGGAUGCUACCAUCGAGGAUAAAUGGAAGUUGAAUGUUCUCUUCGCGCCCAUAGUGCUGCUAAAGAUAGGCUCGUCCUUCGACCUGGAGAAUAUCAAAGAGGGCGACGAUGUUUACUUUGAAUGCAACGUCAGAUCCAAUCCAACGAACUUCAAGCUUACAUGGUAUCACGGGAACAAGGAAGUUCGCCACAACGCGAGUGCAGGUGUACUGCUAUCCGAUCAAUCUCUAGUCCUCCAGGGAAUAACUCGGGAAGCCUCUGGAAACUACAGCUGUCUCGCGGCCACCACGGAGGGCCGUAAUAGAUCCAACAUUAUUUACCUUCACGUUAUGUACGCGCCGAUCUGCAAGCAGCUGAGUCCGAUAAGUCUGAACGAGGCUGACGCGUACGUGCUGGCGAACGUGACGGAGGAGCUGCAGCCACAGAACGUCUCGAGGCACGAGAUCAUCAAUCUGAUGUGCGAAGUCGAGGCGAGCCCGAGCUCGGUUACCUUUCACUGGACCUUCAACAACAGCCACGAGUUGAAGGACGUGCCGGAGUCGCGCUACACGAGCGACCAGACCGUUAGCCGGCUCAGUCAGCGGCUCAAGUCCGACGAGGAUUACGGCACCUUUGGCUGCUGGGCCAGCAACGUCGUCGGUCACUCCAAGCAGCCUUGCCUCUACCACCUUCCCACCCCAGUGAACCCGCUGCCGCUGCAGAAUUGCACGGCUCACAAUCAAAGCGGCACCUGGAUACGGAUAUCCUGUGUCGAGGGCUUCGACGGCGGACUGCCGCAAAAGUUCGUCGCUGUGGCCGACGAGCAGCGCUUCGAGUCGAGCAGCCCCUAUUGGGAAAUCGAAAUCCAUAAACCAACCACUGUCUCGCUCUACGCGGUCAACGCGAAGGGUUCGAGCGAGCCCAUUAUCAUGGAGGGCAUCGCUUUUAAGGACAUGGCGAAAUUUACGGGGGAAACCGGCAUUUCGCUGGACAUAUCACCGAUCUUGAUUGGCCUGGGAGGGACUGCUACCGGAUUAGGGCUUAUCGUGACCGGAGUAUUAAUGGCGCUGUGGAGAAAACACGCCGCCUCGCCGUCGAAACCGAAGCCACCUCAACAGCCGAGCAUUGCCACAUUUGCGGUUAAGGGCGAGGAAGAGGAUGGAAAUCCCGAUCUUAUACCCACGACAGCGCUGACCAAUAAUUAUACAGAUAGAAAACUUUCCGUUUACGGAUCUCUGCCGCGAAGAUCGCAUUACGCGGAAGAUCAACAGUUGCCGCAGAGCAUCAUACAGGACAUGGAUUAUCCUCGAGCUGCGCCAAACACGUACUACAGUCUACAAAGACCAAGCCGCUACACGGAAACAAUAGUCAGACAUACAACCGUCCAAGAAAGUUGCAUCUAAAUGGAUAUGCGAGUGGUUGAGUGAAAAUCAAAGUUACAACUGACGAGAACUGAGGCAUAUGUGAAUUGGAAUUUACAAGUGAAGCCACUUUUAAAUAUACAAACUAUUUAUAGCUACUCGACUGAUAAUGUGUUUGUAAAUAUUGUACAUAAAUAAUUUAUACAAAAAUU